AUGGGUCGACUCGACGGAAAAGUUGCUCUCGUCACUGGAGCUGGAUCUGGAUUUGGAAAGGGUAUAUCUGAAGCUUUCGCCGCAGAGGGUGCCAAGGUACUGGUUUGCGAUAUCAAUCAAGACGGCGGUAACGCAACAGUUCAAACCAACCCCUUAGCCAUGGCCUUCCACAAGAUGGACGUGACGAAAGCGUCAGACUGGAAAUCCGCCGUCAAUGCAGCAGUCCAGAAGUUCGGGAAAUGUGACGUACUUGUCAACAAUGCUGGAACAAGCUACAGAAACAAACCCACGGUUGAUGUCACAGAAGAAGAAUUCCAAAAGGUCUUCGACGUCAACGUCAAGGGAAUAUUCCUCGGAUGCAACGCGUGGGUUUCGCAGGCAAUUGAGAAGAAAGAGGGUGGCGUGAUCAUCAAUAUAGCCAGUGUUGGGGCAUCUCGACCACGACCGGGUCUGGUCUGGUAUAACGCGUCCAAGGGCGCCGUCGCGAACGUCACGAAAGGCCUUGCAGCGGAGUAUGGACCGCAUCAGAUCAGAGUUGUCUCCAUCUGCCCGCUGGUCACCAGUACAGGACUAUUCUCGCAUUUCACAGGCGUUCCGGAUACACCUGAGAACCGAAAGAACUUCAUAUCCAACGUUCCCAUGGGUCGUAUAGGGGAGGUCGAGGAUGUUAGCUCCACGGCAGUUUUCCUGGCAAGCUCUGAUGCGAAGUUCAUCACAGGUGUCAAUCUUGACGUAGAUGGAGGUCGUUGUAUCUAG